AUAUACUUCUAGGCGCCUUGAUGCAGACAUCAUGCAAUAAGUUAUUCAGCAUCCCUAGUUCUGGUAAACGCAUUUGUUGAAUAAACUUUUGAAAUACGCGGAGCUGUGUAUUUCGACAAUUUGUCAUCGAAUUGUGAUUGGAAAUAAACCACCAAGUAAAACAGAGAACGAAUCAAAAUGACAUCGUUAAUUACAAGAAUAUCAAAACAAGCUUUCAUUGCCACAAAACACUUCAAUCGUUCUAGGGUUGCGAUACACUUACCUAUUUCAUCUGUUCGUUCCUUUUCGAAUGAGGAGGCUGCAAAUAAAGAAGCUGAACUAUCAGAACAUGAAAAGAAAUUAACAGUCGAAGUCGACAGUUUAAAAACAGAGGUAGAAACACUUAACGGAAAAGCGAAGGAACUAGAUGAUAAAUAUAAACGAGCACUUGCCGAUGGCGAAAAUCUGAGAAGACGACUAACAAAACAAAUUGAAGAUGCGAAACUAUUUGGUAUUCAAGGUUUCUGUAAAGAUCUCCUUGAGGUUGCGGAUAUAUUGGGACACGCGACCGAAGCUGUUCCGAAGGAAGAGAUUUCAGAUAAGAAUCCCCAUUUGAAGAAUUUAUUCGAAGGACUCACCAUGACGAAGGCUCAGCUCAAUCAGGUUUUCAAACGCCAUGGGUUAGAACAAGUGAAUCCCCUAAAUGAAAAAUUCAACCCUAACUUACACGAAGCGCUUUUUCAGCAGGAGGUUCAAAACGUCGAACCAAAUACAGUCGUAGUAGUGAGCAAAAUUGGAUACAAAUUGCACGAAAGGUGUAUACGGCCUGCGCUAGUGGGAGUUUCGAGAGGAUAAUUUUGAAUUGUUAAACAGAAGCGUUACCCAAAUAUUCCAGUGUAAUUUCUACACAAUAAAACAAAAUAACGAGAAACUUGGUGAGAUUAUUGUUUCAGUGAAUGUAAUGUAAUGUAAUGUUUUCCUGACAAGGUUAUUAUAAAAAUAUAAAACAAAUUUUCGUAAACUAUCAAGCAUA